UAGUGUGUGACAAAGUUAAGCUCUCACUUUGGCUGACCUGAGCUCGCUGUGUUGUUUCGCUAACAGAGUGAUGACCGACACUGUACUUGUGCUCAUUUAGACAAAUAAGUCCGUCUCCUGCGCACGCGUGUGUCUAGGCUCUAAUUAACUGAUUUGAAUCACCCGGCGCCUUAGGAUAAACCUGUAAGGGAUAACCCGGCAACAAGUCGCCAGGUGGAAGGCGACACAUUCGGUUGCUGUGGUGUGAGUGAGCAAAUUUUCUCUUAACUUUUUUUAGAAAAAACAAAAACCGACAACAUGUAUAGUAUGAUGGAACACGAGCUGAAGCCCAGCGGCCAGACCGUUGCCCACCAGAUACCCCAGGGUAUGUCGCCGGUCACCGGCAACAUGACCGGUAACAUGGGCUCAAACGGCAACUCUCAUCCGAAUUCGAAGACGGCGUGCGCCCCCGUAGUCGACCCCAUGGACAAAGUAAAGCGGCCCAUGAACGCCUUCAUGGUGUGGUCCAGGGGUCAACGGCGCAAAAUGGCCCAGGAAAACCCCAAAAUGCACAACUCUGAGAUCAGCAAGCGGCUGGGGGCCGAGUGGAAGCUACUUACCGACGCCGAGAAGCGGCCUUUCAUCGACGAAGCCAAACGGCUGCGCGCGGUGCACAUGAAGGAGUACCCCGACUACAAAUACAAGCCCCGGCGCAAGACCAAACCGCUUCUGAAAAAAGAUACACAAAUGGGCAAGUACCCGUUGACGGCGGGAAACCUGCUGGCGGCAGCGGCGGCACAGGGCCAGGUGGCGAACCCUAGAAUGGACAGCUACGGCUGGGGCCACACCGGCAGCUACCCCGGCAUGCAGGGCGAGCCCUUAGGCUACACGCAGCAACUUCACCGGUAUGACCUGUCAGCCCUGCAGUAUCCGCCCGCCAUGACCGCGGCGCAGACGUACGUAAAUGGAGCCAACUCCUACAGUCCAAUGUCCUACAGCAGCAGUCCUCAGCAGCCCAGCCCUGUUACCAUGUCCAUGGUGAAGACGGAGCCUGCAUCCCACCCAUCUCCCACCGGGGCCUCCAACCACCACCGAGGGUCACUGCAAGGCGACCUCAGGGACAUGAUCAGCAUGUACAUCCCUGGACCAGGAGGGGAUGCCGGGGAUCCGAACGCAGCACAGAGGGGCUACGCCAUAACAGCGGGCAUGCUUACACGUAUUGGCGCACAGGAGUCCGAAUGA